AGAGCAAAACGAUCCAAAUCAGAACCUUCUUUCGUAUGGAACCUUCUAGGAACUGCGGCAUUUCUGCAAGGCCCACAGGAAAUGAAUAUAUAAACUCGUCGUUCUGCUCGACAAACUCAACCUCCUUCUUAUUCCUUUCUCCUCAUCACCUUCACCACUUUCACUGCCUUCACUACCUUCACCCACCUUCACCCACCCUCAUCACCUCCGCGUGUUCCAUCUCGCUGUGCUUUGUGCCUGCAGAUGUUAUGUCUCGACGCUUUCAGAGCUGAUAGUCAACCCCCGCCCCGGGUCUCCUUACUACACCACCUACCGUUUGCAGGCUCCCCGUGGACCUGAAGAUGACACGACUGGCAAGUGUCUCUGUACUAGCGGGUAAAGGUGAUCGCGAAUGCCCCUACCCUUAUGAGAGUGCCGACAUACAACUGACGAUCAUAACAGGACCUGCGCCAGAAGUGUCCGGACCUGUCCAGCAUACAUUUCUGGACAUCUUCCAUGACAACAGCCUGACUUCCUUCUUCCUGUUUCAUCGCCAUCGCGUGUUCCGGCCGUGUAGGCCGCCUGCCCCCAGAUGUAAUGUCUCACCGCUCUCUGAGCUGACAGACAACCCCCACCUGGAAGUCCAAGAGACUACACGUGACGUUCCUCACCAGCACCAUCGCGGUCUGGCGGGUGAGGCCUUCUGUCCGGUCGCCUUACGGCCGCUUGGACAGUCGUGCCAUUUGCAAGCUCUCCGUGGGCUUGAGAUGACCCCACCUAAGGGGCCUCUGUGCCCUGCGGGUGAUGUUCCUCGCCAGCAUCUUCGGGUCCUACGAGCGAAGCCGUCCGAGACUUUGACUAGUCCGGACGUGUCAUCUGGAGGUUCUCCGAGCCUACAGAUGACCCCCACCUGGAAGUGCUUGGAGCCUACAGGUGAUGUUCCUCGCCAGCGCCUUCGGGCCCUGCGACGAAGCCGUCCGAGACUUGACUAGUCCGGACGUGUCAUCUAGAGGUUCUCCGAGCCUACAGAUGGACCCAACCUGGGAGUGCCUUCGUGCCAGCCGGUAAAGUUCCUUGUGGCUGCCCCUCGGGCAGCCAGCGAGCGGAAGCCGUUUGCAAGUGCCUCGAG